AUGCUUCACCUAAUUUUCUCUCCUGCUCACUGUGCUAAGAGAAAAAGACUGGAUGGUGAAAUAAUCCCAGUCAGUGCUGCACAGUCCCGAACUAGAGAGGAGAAGGAAGGUGCUCACCGUGCUAUAGACCUAGACCAGGAGACUUACUCCUACACAGUACCUGGUUCUGACGUGUACACAGAGGGAGCAGCACCUGAUAACCUAUCACCUGAAUCCAGCUGCAAAUACGGAGAUACGGUGAAGCUAGAGGCGAUUGCUGCUAAUAGCUUUAAAUUGUACGAGAUAGUGAUAAUCGGGAAACAAGCUGUUGUAGUAUGUGAAGCUGGAAACUUCAGUAAUGGAUCUGCAACCUGUUCCAAAUGCGAAGCUGGGAAAUAUAGUGCUGCGGGAUCUACAACCUGUUCUGAAUGCGAAGCAGGGAAAUAUAGUGCUGCGGGAUCUGCAACCUGUUCUGAAUGCGAAGCUGGGAAAUAUAGUGCUGCUGGAUCUGCAACCUGUUCUGAAUGCGAAGCUGGGAAAUAUAGUGCUGGUGGAUCUGCAACCUGUUCUGAAUGCGAAGCUGGGAAAUAUAGUGCUGGUGGAUCUGCAACCUGUUCUGAAUGCGAAGCUGGGAAAUAUAGUGCUGCGGGAUUUGCAACCUGUUCUGAAUGCGAAGCUGGGAAAUUUAGUGCUGCUGGAUCUGAUUCUUGCAGCACUUGCAGGAUAGGAAAAGACACUAACUCUGAUAAAACCAAUUGUGGCAACUGCCUUAUUGUUGAUAACCUUUUUAGUGUCCUGUCCGGCGGGUACCUACAAAGACAGUUCUAUGGCAGAGUGUCAACAAUGUCCUCUUAA